AUGUUAUCCACGGAAUUGAGCGAAGCUCAGGUCGCGGCUUUGCGAGCGAACAAGGAUCGUCUUGCGAAAGACCUUCAUCACAGUUGUCAAUGGGGCUAUGGUAUCCGAUGGGGAGAUCCAACCGGGGCAGUGCUGACCGAUGUCUGGCUUAGUGGACCGACAGAUACCGGUAUGCAGCGUCUCGCCCUGUCCGAGGAGGACAAGAGAGUGAGGGAUUGGUUCAUUGAAACAACAAAGGCACUGAACUGCAACAUCACCAUUGACGAGAUGGGCAAUAUCUUCGCUGUACGCCCGGGCCGUCGAAAGGAUGUGCCUGCCACGUUCAUCGGCAGCCAUCUGGACACUCAGCCGACUGGUGGUCGAUAUGACGGGAUUCUCGGGAUUCUCGCGGGCAUUGAAGCUUUGAAGGUCAUUGACGAGAUGGGAAUCGAGACAGAGGGAGGUAUAGGCGUUGUCAACUGGACAAACGAGGAGGGUGCUCGAUUCCCAGUUAGCAUGAUUUCUUCCGGUGUGUGGGCGGAGUGCAUACCUCUUUCGAGGGCCCAUGACCUCAAGGAAGUUCCUACGGUGGCUUCACUACCCACCGCAGCUUCCUCUCCCGAGUCGAUGAAAUCCGCCCUGGAGAAGAUCAACUACCUUGGGAGUGUCCCAUGCUCGUACAAAGAGACGCCAAUGGCAGCGCACUUCGAACUUCACAUCGAACAGGGACCCCAUCUCGAGUCUGCCAACCAGCGUGUCGGUGUAGUCACUGCCGUCCAGGCAUACCGCUGGUACCGCCUGAACAUCAUCGGUAGAGACACCUAUACUGGUACUACAGCCUUUCAGCACCGGGCAGAUGCCCUAUACGCUUUUGCCUGCAUGAUGGUUCGCGCUAGGGAAGUUGCGUCAUCUCACGGUUGUUUGGCAAGUGUUGGUAUUAUCGAGGCGAAGCCUGGUAGCGUCAACACCGUGCCAGGGCUUGUAAGCUUCUCCCUCGACAUUCGCGGGCCAGAGACCGGAUUAGUCGCCAUCGUGGAAGCAGAAUUGAGGAAGGAUUUCGAUGCAAUCGCCGCCGAGGAAGGUAAAGGUAUUGGAAAGCCAUGUCGAGUGGAGUGGACCGUGGAUUUCGACUCCCCAGCGGUGAAAUUUCACCCGGACUGCAUUGAAUGUGUUCAACAAUCAGCGGAAGCCGUCGUUGCUGACACUGGUGUCUCUGAGCCCAAGUCUCUUGUGCGGACUAUCAUGAGCGGUGCAGGGCAUGACAGUGUUUUUACCUCCAAAAGGGUUCCCACGAGUAUGAUUUUUGUGCCGUGCAAGGACGGAUUAAGCCAUCAUCCUGAGGAGUUUUGCUCUGCAGACGACUGUGCCACAGGCGCAUCAGUCAUUCUGCAGGCAGUAAUCCGGUAUGACCGGAGGAGAUUCUCUACUUAG